GAUCCUUGUAUCGUGGAUCGAUUUAACGAACCUGAGUUUCAUGCCCGCUGAAGUGCAGUGAGGUGAUCUCUGGAGCGCCAAAACGGUGCCAAGACACAAGAUUCCCUCCUCUUCACCCCUUCCACCACCACAUUCCCAGCGGAUGGCACCGCUGACGCCAUCCACAGCCAGGCCUGUGGGCCACGUGAUGAUGAUAACCACACCUCCACGUGGACAUAAAGCCUCAGGAUGUAUAAAUGAGGGUGCAAAGGGAGGAGAGGAACCAGAACUGGACCAGACUAAGAUGGAGCUCACUGGUGUUAACUGGAUGCUUGCAGCUGCAGCGUUUCUUCUGUGGACCAGUGGUGGUUCUGCUGCACCCACUGAGUGCCACUUCAACUCCAGAGCACUGUGUGUGUUCAAGGGGAGGCACUACUCACUGGGUGAAACCUGGAUGGACAACACUUGUAUGCAGUGCACCUGUCUGCACCCUGUUGGUGUUGGUUGCUGUGAGAUGGUGCAUCGGCCGGUGGACUUUCCAGCAUGGUGUCAGGUGCGGGUGGAACCAGUGACCUGCAAAGUGUCCCUUGUGCAGACAGCGGACCCCCGCCUGCCCUGCACCCCAGGUGAGGACGUCAAGGACCCCGGCCAUGGAUCACUUCAGCUGCAGCAACAGCUCGAGGGGUAGACAGACAUUCCAGCUAUCUGUUCAGUCUGUUUGUCUGUGAAACUCACUAUUGUUGUUAUAUGUAUCAGUAACUACUUUGUAGAAAUAUAAAACAGUAACAGCAUCUAAACAUUUUGACUUAUAUACUCAAUGAAGGAAAUGUGAGUGAAAUUUGUCUGUGAAUGUAUAUUUAAGCAGAACUGCAGUAUUUUCCAGCAGAGGACUUAACACACUCACCACAGAAGGAUGUAUUACAUUAACAUAAUUAGGUAAUGUAGGUAUUUACUUUCUUCAAACUUCUUUUGCAGUUUGUUUUGGUACUAUAGAAAGAUGCAUAGCUUUAUUUUUGUUUGGGGAUUUUUCAUGCCUAACAAAUCAGUCUUUUGGGAUUUUUAUACUAAACCAAAUUCCGUAUCUUUAAUUAAUCCAAAAAUGACUAGCAAAAUUAAGGCAAAUAUAUAUAUGUGUGUGUGUGUGUAACAAAUUCUGAGUAUGACCUGUUCUCUGCUGUAACUCAUUUAAACUCUAUAUAAAAUUCUUGUUCACAAACACAAUUUAUGUUCAAUUCUGUGAAGCAGUCCCUUAUACAUAGUUUAUGAAAUUUAAAACACACUUUAAUAUUUCUCUUGGGAGUAUUUACAUCUCAGCACAGCCUUUGCUCAAACCGAAAGAAAUACGGUUAAACAAAAUAUACUGAAUAAGAUGAGGAUGAACAAGUGUACAAAUGAAUACAAGAAUUAAAUAAAUACAGAAAUGCACAACAACCACAGAGACAACCGCACUCCCAUGGUUACCAUGUGUUGAUCUUCC